AAGUAAUCCACGAUUUUUACCGACAAGAAAAAAAGUCAAUUAAAUUUUCAGCAAAGACAAGUGCAGUUUGCAUUCGGGACAAAAUUGGCAGAUCUAUUCUUUGAAUCGAAGAGAGAACGUUGUGAUCCAUUAUGAACAGAAAGCCUGGCCAAACAACACCAAACCAAACAGGCGAAGGAUUCCCUAAUUCCUACCAACCUUCAGAGCACCACUUCCAGCAGCAAUUUCCCCGACAGCAGUACCAGCAGCACUCGCAGCAGCAUCCCAGCUAUCCCACGGUGGCAGCAAAUAAUUUCGGUAUGCCCAUGAUGAACUAUCAGCCCAAUACAAUGCAAAUGACCCCUCGAACGGCCCCCGCCACGGUGCAUUCCGAAACGCAGCCAUCCUACGGAACGGGACAAUACUUCGUUGACGCCGGUUGCACCGUUCCGGUCGGUCAACUCCAGCAGCAACCGCAACCCUUGCAACAGUAUCCCCACGUGGCAACGGCAGCGACACGGAUGCCGUCCUCCGGAAGAGCUUGCACCAAUCCCGGCUGCCAGCAUUGCUGCAAUAGUAAACCUACGACGGUGGUCGCCCCCAACCAAAGGCGAUAGCCAAGCCCAAGCGAGGAAUCCACUACUGCCAGGACCGGAAAAUAAAUCAGCUCACGACGAUGAAAAACUAAAUUUAUUUCAAUAAAAUUGUU